UCAGUCUUUCAAUCAAUUCAGGUCUUUGUACGAAACGGAAAAUCACAAACCCCCUUUUAUCACAGAAGUCGUUCGGUGGAUGUGGGAUGUCGGAAGCAAGGUCGACAUUACCCAAUACCAGGAAGUAUCGAGACGAAUCGCAGUGUUCCGCAUUUGGUUUACGAACAAAUACAUGCACACCGAUAGUCGCCCCAGCAUCUUCAUCUUGCCCAUUUCUGAAGUAGCCCCCAACUAUCGCGAUGUCUAUCCUGGCGUUCCUAAAGAACCCUCCACGGGCCUUCGUACUACAUAUCUAAGUCCUGCGCUUGGUGCACCGGAAUUAGCCAUUCCCAUUGGUCAAUUGCCGUAUCAAUCACGCAUCACUCGUAAGACUGAGAGUCUUCCGGUGCUUGCAGCUCUUAUGAGUCCACCUGGAUCAGAUCUGGAUCUAGUGAGAAUUGCGCUCGAGUACCUUGAAAAGAUUCCCCUGCCGACAAAAGUCCAUACUGGGAAGUUGAUGUUUAGCGGAAUUGCAUCGGUUUCUGAAGGGCCAUUGCCUUUAUGAUAUACGCAUCAAAAAUAACAUAGAAAGAGAGACAAAGAAAAGAAAACAAGGAAGGAAGGUCAGAAGAAUAUAAGCCAGAUUCAGUGGGACUCGCGGAAAUUUCGAAACCGGCGCAUAAUGACUCCCAGCACCAAAUAUGAAAACAUUAAACAUGGGAUUGACACAGCAAACCAGAUCCAAUAUCCUUUCCCGGCUGUACCUUGGUCCAUACUAAAAAAUGACGCGGUGAAGGACAGAGGAGCAUAGAAAAACGCGAGAACCGUG